AUGAAGCUCUUCAUACUGACCUUCAUCUGGCUACUUACCGCAUCCGAAGUAAUAGCAGCAGCCAAAAAACUACCUGGCUGCGACAAAGAUCCUUGCAAAGUGAAGGAGAAGUCUGGAAAGUAUAAAUUGAAGAUUGGUGCUAAAUGCUCGGCGACAUGUGACGGGAAGUUGACGAGGGGAGGAACGUGUGAGAAUGUGCAGGGUAAUCACCUUUGCUGUUUUGGUCUUUGCGGUUGA